AAUGGGAAGAGGCAUACCUGGUGAAUGCUUGAGCUGGCAUUUGCAUCUGAACCCAGUCAAGUUCCCAAACCACAGAUGAACAACAAAGGAACAUGCCUUCUCCCACCACAGAAUGUAACUUUAAUCUCUGAAAACUUUUACUCCUUCUUGACGUGGAUCCCAGCUUCAGACUCGACCAACAAUACUCAGUAUGAGGUGGAAAGGAGUAACGGAUCUUUUCUUGAGUGGGUCAAAGAGGCAUCAUGUAAAGGAAACAAUGUGAAACAGGCCCAGAGGUGCCAACUUCAUCUCUCAAAACUUACCAACAGUUUAUUCAAAUUCUAUCAAGCCAGAGUGCGAGCGAAGGAUGGAUCCAGACUGUCUGAAUGGGUGCGUUCAAAAGAGCUGCAAUUGUACAAAGACAGUGUUGUUGGUCCCCUUAACCUGUUUCUGGUUGUAGCAGAUGAGAAUCUAACUGUGACAUUCUCUUUGCCCCAAACUCCACUGAAAGAGAGCGACAGGAGAGUCAUCAUGUCCGUUCUGGAAGUCCUCAUCAUCCUUAUUGAAGAAGGUGAUGACAACACCAAGAAAAUAACUGCCAAACUCAGAAUGAACCACACAUUUGAGAAUAUGAAACCAAAUGCAAACUACUGCAUCAAAGCUACAGUGAUCAGCCAACCAGGCAAGGAGGCUAUGCAGUGUAUCAAGAUGCCCAGGAGAUCAGCAGAUAACUACCAGACCCCUUUUGUUAUAGCAUCCAUCAUUCUGUUCGGGUUCAUCCUGUUCGGUGUGGUUGGAGGGAUCUUCCUUAAGCACUACCUGUACCCACGCUCUUCAGAAAUGGACUUCCCAAAAUCAUUGAUGUUUCUGAAAGUGAAUGGAUCCACACUGAGAUCUAGCCUUCACCUGGACAACGGUUCUGUCACUUCCCUCUCAAUGUUGGUAGUAUUGCCCUCCAGCAACAAUGUACUGACAGAGCAGGAAAGAUGCCAGAUCCAGAUGGAUACAGAUUUGAUGCCUACAGAUUUUAACCUGGUAGACAACACAGUGGGAUUCAUACCUGAUGAUGCCCCUUCUACUGGAGUUCAUCAGUCCCGGAAUCUGAAUUCAGCACCCUCUGCCUUUGAGGAAGGAAUUAAUCAGAUCCAGAAAAGUGGUCGGUGGAAUGGAGGCAAGGAGUCAUUUCAGGAUGAUGUUCCUGAUAAUCUGGUUGAAGAUAUCAAGACCAUCCUCUGGAAGCUGGCAGCAGCAGACAAGCUCCGAAGCCAAACUUUUGUCAAAGCAGACCGAUCUCCUCAGAAGCCAAGUAAGAGAGCUUGUUUUUGGAAGUACUGUGUCACCAACUAAGCGCAAGGAACUGCUUGGCCUUUUCUCUGUAUCAGUCUCUGCUUCUUCAGAUCUCCCUUAGAGAACUUCUUUGGGCCCAGCCUGUCCAAAAUGUGGAAUGUCUGCUCACAGCCACACUUCACUGCCGCACUUCAUCUCAAAUAAACCAUGGCCAUAUCAUUAUAUUAAAGAACUCUAUACUGCAUUGCAUUGUCAGAUUGCACUGAUGGCACCUUGAAGUGGA